AUGCUCUCUCACGCCGACCUCCUGGACGCCCGGCUCGGUGAGUUGCCCCCCAAAGCCUCUCUUCCCCCCCUCUUUCCUCCCUCUCCCUCGCCCCCAGCAGCACCUGCAGCCAAGGAAGAAGCCCCGGGCAGGAAAUGGACAAUUUGUGCCUGAUUUUACCUUAAUGCGACUAAUUUCUUUAAAAGUAAUUGUACUGUAUUAAAGUUUGAUUUGAUUUAACGCCAUCUUAAAAACAACAACAAACCACCUAUGGAAUAUGUAGAUCCAAAAGCAGCAGUAGCGGAACUGGGGGGCCAUUUCGUUUUAGGUUGUGGCCCCUCUCCCUCUCCUUUGUCUUCUUCCUGUUUUGUUUUUUAUUUUAUUUAAGUCUCUCUUUUUUUGUUCUUUUGAAAUAAUCCUGCAUGUGUGUAUCUAGUUUGCCUACCCUUAAGAAAUAAAUUGAGGCGCCCUUGGCUUUGGACAGGUGGAUGUUCGGGAGCGUCUCCCGGCGAAGGCGCAAGGCGGCCCCCUCGGGCGAGGAGAGGGUGGCUGGGGGCCGUCCGGGGGCGACUAUCCAAGCGGGAUGGCUCCCAAGUUCUUGGGGGGUGGGAAGGAGGCAGGGUGGGCCGGCCCGGUUCCUCCCCGUCGGGGGCCGGGUUGGCCUAGGGCGCUGGUGGACACCGUCCGGGCCCGCCGGCCGGGGGUGGACCGUGGUGUGCGCCUGGCUGAAUCGCGGCGGGCCGCUGCUUUGCCUCCGCAGGGAUGAAAGACGCCGCCGAGCUGCUGGGCCACCGGGAGGCGGUGAAGUGCCGCUUGGGCGUCGGAGGCUCGGAACCCGGAGGCCACCCGGGCGACCUGGCUGCCAGCGCGGACUCGGUGGAAGGCUCCACGCUGCUGCCCGGCGACGACAUCUCCGCCGUGGGCUCCACGCCCGGCGCGCUCUCGGUCGGCGCCAAGGACCCGGACAAGCAGCAGGGUCAGCCCGGCGGCGGCGGAGGCGGCGGAGGCGGCCAGAACCCCGGCCAGGCCGGCCAGCAGCAGGGCCAGCAGAAGCAGAAGCGGCACCGGACGCGCUUCACGCCCGCGCAGCUCAACGAGCUGGAGAGGAGCUUCGCCAAGACGCACUACCCGGACAUCUUCAUGCGCGAGGAGCUGGCCCUGCGCAUCGGCCUCACCGAGUCCCGGGUCCAGGUAGGCGCUCGCCGUCUGUCCAUCCACCGAGCGGCCAAGCCACCCACCUUCCUCCACUCUCCGACCCUCCAUCGCCCACCCCGUCCAGGGACAGGGGGGGCCUUCCAGGCCAGGGGGCGCCCCCGUCCCCAGACCCAAAAGGAGGGUGGCGGGACUUAA